AUGCCCUCCGAGGAAACCUGCACCAAGAGGGCAGUGGAGGAGAUCGAGCAGAUGACCGGCCUGUUCCACCAGAAGCAGCGGGAGCUGUUGGUGGCCGCGGCGAGGGUGGAGGAGCUGAGCGAGCAGCUGGACGCUCUGAGGAGCAACCGGCUAGAGGCUCCUCUUCCUCACCAUCACACCAUGCCGUCCACGGCUGAGCUGGAGCGCCUCUACCGAGAGCUGCAGCUGAGGAACAAACUGAACCAGGAUCAGAGUGUCAGGCUCCAGCAGCACAGGGACAGCCUGAGCAAGCGGAACCAGGAAGUGGCCGCCAUGGACCGCCGGCUCGUGGAGCUCCGGCAGCGGCUCUGGAAGAAGAAGGCGGCCCUGCAGCAGAAAGAGAACCUGCCGUUUAAAUUCUUCUUCACUUUCAAAUUCAGCCAUUCAGUCCUUUUCGUGGAGGAGAUCGAGCAGAUGACCGGCCUGUUCCACCAGAAGCAGCGGGAGCUGUUGGUGGCCGCGGCGAGGGUGGAGGAGCUGAGCGAGCAGCUGGACGCUCUGAGGAACAGCCGGCUGGAGGCUCCUCUUUCUCACCACCACACCAUGCCGUCCACGGCUGAGCUGGAGCGCCUCUACCGAGAGCUGCAGCUGAGGAACAAACUGAACCAGGAUCAGAGUGUCAGGCUCCAGCAGCACAGGGACAGCCUGAGCAAGCGGAACCAGGAGGUGGCCGCCAUGGACCGCAGGCUCGUGGAGCUCCGACAGCGGCUCUGGAAGAAGAAGGCGGCCCUGCAGCAGAAGGAGAACCUGCCG